AAAAGAGAGUAAAAUCUCAGAAGAACAAAAACCCGUUGCCAAAAUCCCAAGGCUUCCCAAAUCGAGCAAGCGAAAGAUGGAUGGUGUGAUAUCAGCCAAUGACCAGCAGCGCCUGGUCACUUCGUUUUUGGAGAUCGCUGUGGGGCAGACUGCCGACACCGCCAGACAGUUUUUGCAGGCAACGGGCUGGCAGCUUGAGGAGGCAAUUCAGCUGUUUUAUGUGGGUAAUGAAGCAGGGUCAAUAGCUGCGGCACAGCCUCCGACUGAAAAUAUUGAUCAUUUGGCGGAUCAAACUUCUGGUGCAAAUGAGAAUGUGGUACAUCAUGGUAUAAAUGAGAAUGUUGGACAACUUGGUGAAGAUGAGGUGCGCCCUCCUAUGCCUGUUAUAAGGGACGUUCUUUAUGAUGAUGCUGCGCUCUAUGGCUCACCAAGAGCAAGAUUUUCACAACAUGAAUCGGGUUCUGUAAUUGCAUUCCGUAACUUUGAAGAGGAAAUGAAGCAUCCUGGGGUAUGGGAAUCAGGCCAAGGUGCUACAUCCUCUGCAGAAACGGCUCGAGAUAAUCUUGCUUCCUUAUAUCGUCCUCCCUUUAAGCUACUGUUCCAGGGUUCCUUUGAAAAGGCAAAAGGUGCUGCUUCUGUCCAGGACAAAUGGCUCCUGGUGAACUUGCAAUCCACUAAAGAGUUCAGCUCUCAUAUGCUUAAUCGAGACACCUGGGCCAAUGAAGCUGUCUCUCAAACCAUUAUUACUAAUUUUGUAUUCUGGCAGACAUAUGAUGAUACAACUGAAGGCAGGAAGGUUUGCACAUACUACAAGUUGGAAUCUAUGCCUGUAGUUCUCAUUAUUGACCCCAUUACUGGGCAAAGAAUGCGUUCAUGGAAUGGAAUGGUUCAGCCGGAAUGUUUGCUAGAGGAUCUAUUACCCUUCUUGGAUAGUGGCCCCAGGGACCAUCAUGUAACUUUGUCCCAUAAACGCCCAAGAGAAAGUUCUCUGCCUCAGCCACAGAAAACUAAAGUUGCAGACGAAACUAAUGAAGAAGACGAGGAAGUGCAGCGCGCAUUGGCAGCUUCAAUGGAAGGCAUGCAGGAGACAGGUGGGAUAUCCAAAGAUAAAGAUGAAAUCAUUACUGACAAGGAGGAAGAAAAAUGCUCAGCUAAGGCGCCUGCAUAUCCACCUUUGCCUGAAGAACCCAAGGGUGAUAAGAACCUCCUUUGCAGGGUUGGAGUCCGUCUUCCAGACGGGCGCAGGGUGCAGCGGAAUUUCCUUCGCACUGAUCCAAUUCAGAUGUUGUGGUCAUUCUGCUAUUCCCAACUCAAGGAAGCUGAGACAAGGCCGUUUCGGUUGACUCAGGCAAUCCCAGGAGCUUCAAAGAGUCUGGAUUAUGAUUGUCAAUCUACUUUUGAAGAGUCGGGGCUUGCCAACUCUAUGGUCUCAGUUACUUGGGAAUGAAUGAAUGAAUAAAAUCAUGUUAGGGAAUUUUUGGUUUUGUAAUUUUGUUUAUACAUGUUUCCAGGACUUAGGAGGUGUCGUUUAAUGGAUGGGGAAUUGGGGAUGCAGAUUUUGUAGUGUACUAUUUAUUAUGUAUAUACUCAUGCAAAGGGCGCAUGAAUCUACACUUGUCUAUGCUAAAUUUGGCGCUC